AUGACUUCAUUAUUGUUCUAUUCCAUCAUGUCAUCAAAGCCCCUGCGGGUAGGCGUAAUCGGCCCUGCAGGUUUCGGAGGAUCCUAUCUCACUGUCGAGUUGCUGAAUCGAGGCCAUACCGUGAUUGGCAUUUCACGCAACCCCGAGAAAGUAGGAAAGCAUCCGCGCUACAUCCCCAGGCCAGUAGAUGUCGACCAAGUCUCGAUAGAGGAACUAUCGGAAGUUUUCGAUGGCCUGGAUGUCCUGGUCAGCGAGUUUGGACCGCAUACAGCUGGUCCUGGGGCUUUAUUGUACAUGCCGUUACUAGAAUCCGUUCGCAAGAUCCUGCUCGCCUACAAGCUACGGCCCGCGUCAUACUUCAUCUUCGUCGGCGGCGCAGGCUCCCUCCACGUUCCCGGCACUAACAUUUCCUGCGUCGACCACCCAGACUUCUUCCUCGCCUACCGCCGCGCCAUCUCCACAUCACUAGCGCAUAUAGCAUACAUGGAAGAGCGCCUCGGUAUCAUGGGCACCUCACUGCGACGAUACCGCGAAGCCAGAUUAGCAGAGAGCUCCGGGAUCACCACGGAAGAAGACAGAACUGUGAUCGCAGACUACGAGAAACAAAUCCGCGCCAAAGACAACGCAUCAGACUUUAUUAAAGCGGGGCGAACGACGUACAUGUUCUUUGAGGACCGGAAGAACUUUGAUUGGAGUUUUGUUUCGCCGUCUGCUUUGUACCGUCCUGGGAAGAGGACUGGGAAGUACGAGAUUAGUGUUGAUGAGAUGGUGUUGUUGGGGGAGCAGCAGGAGGGCAAAGAUGUGUUUGAGGGGAGGUUGACGGGGAUUAGUGUCUCGGAUAUGGCGAUUGCAAUUGCGAAUGAGAUUGAGCAGAAGAAAUUGGUCUGGAAACAUUGGAGUGCUUGGGGUGAUAUCAGUGAGGAUAUGCCGGCGCCGGCGUAUGUGUUUUUGGAUGCUGUGGAGGGUGGUAGUAGAUAG